AUGUGGGCACAUGAUAAAGUGGAGGUGUUCGAUGUGUACAAGGCAUUGAAGCUCCCAGCUGUAUAUGAAGAGUUGUCUGAAAUAACUGUUAUAGAUCUUACGGCAGAGGCUCGAUAUAUUGCGACCAAGGACCCGUUAGAGCGAGUGCUAGUAGGAGAUGAUAUCUAUAGGGAUGUUGAGGCACAUGAAAUGAUGCAAUUUCUUGAUGUGGCACUUGCACGUACAUCAAGAGAUCGAUGCAAUUUAAAUAGGGUGUUGGGUUCUCCACCCAUGCCCUCUAUUGAAGAAACACCCAAGCUGGAGUUAAAAGCAUUUCCAGCCCACCUCAGGUAUGCAUUCAUGGGUGAAGAUAAGACCUUACCAUUUAUUUUGUCUACAACAUUAUCUGAUUCUCAGGUGGAAGUAGCAUUAAUCAUAUUGAGGAAGAGAAAAAUAGCCUUGGGUUGGCAAAUGUCCGACAUCCAUGGAAUCAAUCCCGCGUUGUACAUGCAUAAAAUUUACAUGGAGGAAGGGCAUAAGCCGAGUGCACAGCAUCAACGGAGACUAAAUCCAAUGAUGAAGGAUGUGAUGAGAAAAAAAGUGAUCAAUUGGUUAGAUGCAUGGGUCGUGUACCCCAUAUUAGAUAGUAAAUGGGUGAGUUCGGUACAGUGUGUGCCCAAGAAAGAAGGAAUGAUGGUAGUAACCAAUGAGAAGAACGAAUUGAUCCCCAUAAGGACAGUAAUUGGGUGGCACAUCUGCAUGGAUUACAUGAAGAUAAAUGAUGCCACUAGAAAUGACCAUUACCCGGUGUCGUUUAUUGAACAAAUGUUGGAUAGAUUAGCGGGGCAAGAAUACUACUUCUUCCGGGAUAGCUACUUAGGUUAUAAUCAGAUUUUUAUUGCACCAGAGGACCAGGAGAAGACUGCCUUCACUUAUCCGGUCCUUGCCAGGUGUGAAGAAACAAAUCUUGUGUUGAACUGGGAAAAAUGUCACUUCUUAGUUCGAGAAGGGAUUGUAUUGGGGCACAAAAUCUCCAAGAAUAGGCUAGAAGUUGACAAAGCCAAAGUGGAGGUUAUUGAGAAGUUGCCACCACCCAUCACAGUGAAGGGAGUCAAAUUAGAAGCUUUUUGGGGCAUGUUGGGUUUUACAGAAGAUUUAUCAAGGACGUUUCUAAGACUGCAAGACCCAUGUGCAUCUGUUAGAAAAAGAGGUGAACUUCCAUUCGAGCUUAUGUGUGAUGCCAGUGAUACAACGGUUGGGGUAGUGCUUGGGCUGCGAAAAGAUAAGGUGUUUCAAUCCAUCUACUAUUCUAGCAAGACACUUGAUGCAGCCCAAUCAAAUUAUAUUGUCACUGAGAAAGAGAUGUUGGCAUUAGUGUUUGCUUUUGAUAAGUUUAGGUCAUACUUGGUAGGCACCAAGGUUGUAGUUUACACUGAUCCUAUUGCAAUCAGGAAUUUUUUUAAUAAAAAGGAUGCCAAGCCGAGGCUGAUUAGGUGGAUAUUGCUCUUACAAGAGUUUGAUCUGGAGAUUAAAGAUAGGAAGGGAAUUGAAAACCAGAUAGCUGAUCAUCUGUCCAGAUUGGAGGACUCAUCUCAUGUGAAGAAUGAAGGGCAAUUCGUGAAGAGUUUCUUGAUGAGCAAUUGCUUUCGUUGGACCUUGCUCAAGUGCCUUGGUAUGCUGACAUUGUAA